AAAAAAAUUAAAAUUAAAAAAAAAACCCAAUCCUUCUCUCCCUUCGAUCAAAGUCAAAACCUAAGAUCGAAAUUCUCCAAUUCCACCAGAAAUCUCAACAAUCGAUCAUCGAUCAUGGCCAAGCUCGUCCUCUUCGUUGUCUCAGCUCUCCACCUCCUCUCUCUCUCCUCAUCCCUUCGCUUCGACCUUCAAUCAGGCUCGACGAAAUGCAUCUCCGAGGACAUCAAGAUGAACGCCAUGGCCGUCGGCAAGUACCUCGUCGUCAACCCCGACGAAAACCACCCUCUCCCCGAUUCCCACAAAGUCAGCGUUAGGGUGACGUCGCCGUAUGGGAAUAGCAUUCAUCAUGCUGAUAAUGUGGAGUCGGGGAAUUUUGCGUUUACGUCGUCAGAGACGGGAGAUUACUUGGCUUGCAUGUGGACGCCUGAUCACAAGCCGCCGCAGACGCUGACGGUUGAGUUUGAGUGGAGGACUGGAGUUGCCGCGAAGGACUGGCCAAAUGUUGCGAAGAAGGGGCAGAUUGAUGUAAUGGAGCUGGAGUUGAAAAAGAUGGAGGAUACUGUCAAGUCAAUUCAUGAUGAAAUGUUUUAUCUUCGUGAAAGGGAGGAGGAAAUGCAAGACAUGAACAGAUCGACAAAUUCCAAGAUGUUUUGGUUCAGUUUCAUGUCACUUGGUGUGUGUAUAUCUGUAGCAGGGUUGCAGUUAUGGCAUUUGAAGAACUACUUCGAGAGGAAGAAGCUCCUCUGAUGUUGUGCGUGCGGUUAUAUUUCUUCUCAUAUUUAAUUAUGUAUUUUGAGCCAAGUCCAAGGCACUGGAGAUUAAGUGAUGAACGCAUCGAAUUAUAUUGGCACGGAAACUUGUACAUUGUCCAGGGUUCUGGUUGGGAUUUAACAAAAUAAUACCUUCAUUUGCAACCAAUUUACCUGUUAGUUGAAUUUAAUGUCUGCUUUUGGAUGAAUGAUAUACCCUCCUUCCUUCAAUACCAUAAAGGAUGUUGUCAUGCGUUUC